AGACUAUAUUUUUAUCUAAAUCUCUCCUUUUUGGAGGAACCCUUCACCUUCAUCCAACCAUGACCGCCUCUAUUGGAAGCAAAGUUUUUCCCAGAAAAUUAAGGAAAUUCUCAUGUGAAAACGCGUACUUCAAUUGUAUAUAAUAAUAAUAUAUAUACAUAUAACCCUAAAAUCGAGAUUCCAAAACCCACUCCAUUAAGCUUUCAAAAUACAAAGAAAAACUCGAAAUCUCAUCUUCCCCAAAAUAAUGGCUUUCAAGAGUUUCCCAAAGCUCUCCAUUCUUGCUGUUGUUGUUACCUUACUAUUAUCCCACCACCUAUAUGAAGUCUCCGCUGCUACCGGUGGUCGGAUGGGUGGCUCUUCUUUCUCUUCAGAGAGCCCGCCAUCACACCGUAAUGAUGAUGAUUAUCAUCAUUACGAUCAUCAUGAUCUUCAUCACCGUCACCAUCAUCAUUAUCAUCAUUCCCAGCCUGGUUUCCCGAGGAGCGUCGAUCAAGAGAGUGGACCUGCGUCGGCGGCUGUUUCUUAUUUAAUUUUAACCAUUUUCAUGGGAGUAGCUUCAGUUAUUGUAUAUAGUAGCACCGUGCAAAAUCGAACAAGUAUUCUUCAAGUUCAGGUUGGCUUGUCUGCGAAAGCCCGUUCAUUGCAAAAGGAACUCACCGAAAUUGCCUCCACAACGGACACUUCUACUGCAAAGGGCUGGAACAUCAUAUUAGAAGAAACUGUAUCAUCAUUGCUUCACCAUCCACAUUGCUAUCUUCAUGGCUAUUCAUCUGUAACUCAUCAUUGGACUAUUGGAAGUGCUGAACAGCAAUUUCAACGGCUUUCCAAGGAAGAACGCCUUAAAUUUGAUGUAGAGACACUGGUAAACGUCAACAACAUUAAAAGGCAAAGAGCAGUUGUUCUGAAUGGCGACAAAGGUGACAAGGACCGGAUAGUGGUAACAGUUCUGGUGGCAGCUCAAGGUGCACACAAACUGCCUACUAUCAACACCACCGACAAUGUGAAGGAAGCCUUGCAAUAUUUGGCAGAUAUCAGCUCUAGCAAAAUUAAGGGUGUAGAGGUGCUAUGGAGCCCACAAGAUGAAACUGAUUCAUUGUCGGUUGAAGAAUUACUUGAAAAUUACCCACAGAUGAGGAGAAUAUGAUUGCUGUAAAUCUCUCCAAAUUUUGAUAUUUAUUGAUUUCCAUUUCAAUAUACAAUGUAAUACUUCUAGUGCAAAUACUUAUCAAGUCUUGUAUGGUUAUAA